AUGGCCGCCCGAACGCUUCUCCCACGACUCUUCAGAGCACCACUCCGCCAACCCAUCACACCCUCAAGCCUCAUCGCACGAUCUUCCCUCCGCCACUACUCGGACUCCUCCUCUGUCCAAGCCCCCGACUACCUCUCCGAAGGUGAGCGCAAAGUCUUCGCUCUUAUCAAGGAAGGUCUUCAGCCCACCAAACUCGAGGUCCAAGAUAUCUCCGGCGGCUGCGGGUCAAUGUACGGCAUCGACAUUGUGUCCGAGAAGUUCGCUGGCUUGCCCGUGAUAAAGCAACAUCGCCUGGUGAACCAAGUACUUGGAGAAGAGAUCAAAAAGUGGCAUGGCGUGCAGUUGAAGACAAAGGCGCCGUAA